AUGUCGUCCUUCUUUGCAAAGGUCUUGACCAUUGGCGCUCUGGCCGCGCCUGCUCUUGCCGCUCCCAGUCCUUUGGUCAAGAAAUCUCAGAUCAUCAGCACUUCUGCCAAGCAAGCUGCAAUCGACCUUUGCGGGACUUCUGAUACUCUCGUUCUCUACGACACUCCUUGGAUUGUGUACAACAUGUUCUAUGACGCUGCUGGGUCGGUUGGCACACAGUGCACACGUUAUGAUCACGUUGAGACCCCUGCCACUGGAAACAAGAAGAUCGUCUGGAGCAGUGAGACCGAUAUUGAAUAUGUGAAGGCAACUGAUAACGUGCCCAAGGGUUAUGCUUUUGUCGGCUUGACGCAAAACCUCGAGACAACUAUCUCUGGCAUCAACUCUAUCCCAACCACGUAUAAUUGGACACGUACCAACAGCACUGCUUUCAAAGGCAAUGUUUGCUACGACUUCAUGACCAGCGACACAAAAGGCGACUCUACUUCCUCCAAUGCACAAGAGCUUAUGCUAUGGCUCCAGUACGAAGGCGGUCAACUCCCUAUCGGCUGGACUGAUGGAGCAAAAGCUACCAUCGACAAUCUCUUCGGCACAUCUUGGAAGUUGUACGAGGGCAAGAAUGACGAUACUGGCAUUACUGUCCACACCAUGAUGCCUGACAAGCAGUUCGAAGGCAGCUUUAGUGGUGAUCUCAAGGAGUGGUUGGAGGCUCUUGUGCAGCAUGGCACUUUCAAGGAGUCUACUUACGUCAAUGUUGGCAACGCUGGAACUGAGUAUUUCUAUGGCAACAGCAUCCUGAACGCUACACUGGGUCUUCAGAUUGACCUUAGCUAA